AUGAUAAUAUCUGGACCUAGUUAAUUGUACUAAUCCAUCAAAUUAUUGGGUUCUGGUUCCUUUGGAUCUGUUUAUUUAGUCAAGGAACUUAAUACAAAAUAAGAAUACGCAUGUAAAAUUGUAAAUAUUGUACUCUCUAUUUCUCAGAUAUCUAAACUGCAUAUAUCAAAAUACGAUGCCCUUUAAUUGAUAUAAAAUGAAAUUAGAAUUCAUGCUUCUUGCAAUCAUCAAAACAUAGUGAAACUUUAUUCCUAUUGGGAAGAUUGUACAAACAUUUAUAUUCUUCUUGAAUAUUGCAGUAAAGGACAUCUAGUUGAUCCCAAAACUCCCUUCAAUGAUGAUGAUGUCUUUCAAGUAUUUCAUUAAAUACUUAGUGGAGUUAAUUAUUUGCAUCAAAAUAACAUUAUUCAUCGAGAUUUGAAAGUAACUUUAUCAUCCUAGUCAAGUUUGAAAAUAUUCUAAUACAUGAAGAUGGUACAUUAAAAUUGUGUGAUUUUGGUUGGGCAAUCAAAGUUGAAUAACUACCAGUUCCUAAUGUUAUGUGCGGAACAACUGAUUACAUGCCGCCAGAAGUUGUAUCGAAAUCCCCACUUGAUUUUAAAUUAGAUACUUGGUCGUUAGGAGUUCUUUUAUAUGUAUUAAAUUAUUAUAUCAAGGUAUUAUUGUAUGGUUAAUUCCCUUUCUUAGGUAAUAAUCAAGAACAAUUGAUAAGAAACAUUUUAUUUGAAUAAUUGAUAAUCCCAAAUAGAAAUGAUACAAAUGAAGAUCUCAUUAAUUUAAUUUAAGCCUUAUUAAUUAAAAAUUCAUAAUUUAGACCAAGUAUUGAAUAAAUCUAUUUGUGUAAAUGGAUGAAAUUUAACAUGAAAUUACACAAUAUUUUUAAUCAUUAUGAAAAUGAAUAACUUAAGUUGAGAGUUAAAUAAAAAAAUAUUACUUUAAAAGUAGUUCAUAAUACUCAAUAGUAAUGUUCAUUUUUAUAAUUAGUUACACACCAAAUAAAAAGAUGGUAUGUUCUCAUUAUAUAGAAUCUAAAAAUGAUUUAGACCACAAUCCAACUUAAUUUGGAAAAACUCAUAAUAGUUGUAGGACAAUCAAAUCCAUAUAAACUAAUCCUUCUCCAUUAAUUAAUUAGUAAAUCGAUAAAUUUUUUAAUUUUUUAGAAAACUAAAAAAAAUUCUGA